UGUUAGGUCAAGCUUUGCUGUCACAAUGAGUCUCGGAGGUACUCAGGCCGAAGGCGGCCCCAGCUUCACUCUGAGCAUCCGUCUACUGAUGCACAGCAAGGAAGUUGGAAGCAUCAUCGGAAAGAAAGGAGAGUUUGUGAAGCGAGUCCGAGAGGAGAGCGGAGCUCGCAUCAACAUCUCGGAUGCAAAUUGCCCCGAGCGCAUUGUGACAGUGACGGGGCCCAUGGAGUCCAUUUUCCUGGCCUUUGCACUGAUCACACACAAGCUUGAAGAGGUAGACAUGGGCAGCACCCUGUCGGGUGGUGUGAUGAUGAGCCGCCCGCCUGUAACUCUGCGCCUUGUGGUGCCGGCCAGCCAGUGUGGCUCGCUCAUCGGCAAAAGCGGAAACAAGAUCCAGGAGCUCCGAGAGUCGACUGGGGCACAGGUGCAGGUGGCAGGAGACCUGUUGCCGAACUCCACUGAGCGUGCCGUCACUAUUUCCGGCACGCCAGACGCCAUCGUCCAAUGUGUGCGACAGAUCUGUGUGCUCAUGAUGGAGUCUCCCCCCAAGGGAGCCACCAUCCCUUAUCGCCCCAAGCCAGUGUCUUCCAGCGCCCCUGUCAUCUUUGCUGGAGGCCAGGUCAGGGACCACUCCACCUACAAUGCAUACACCAUUCAAGGGCAGUACGCCAUCCCCAACCCUGAUCUGACUAAGCUGCAUCAGCUGGCCAUGCAGCACACUCCCUUUACACCCAUCAACCAGGCAUCCUCUGGCUACCAGGCGACACCAGGUGUUGACGCCAGUGCCCAGAUGAGCACCCACGAGAUCAGCAUCCCCAACAAUCUCAUCGGCUGCAUCAUCGGCAAGCAGGGCACCAAGAUUAAUGAGAUCCGGCAAAUGUCAGGUGCACAAAUCAAGAUCGCCAGCGCCAUUGACGGUGCCACUGACCGACAGGUCAUCAUCACUGGCUCCCCGGCCAACAUCAGCCUGGCUCAGUAUCUCAUCAAUGCCAGGCGCCAAGGAACAACUUGAGCGACGUCGGGCGUGGCAAGCGAGGAGCAACGUGGCCUGCCGCCGCAGGCCCCACACGACUGCCUCGGCUCGGACUUUCGCCAGGCCUCCUGGACGCUGCCCCCGGGGCCGUGUGCAGGUACACUGCCCCUGGCGGUCGACGUGACAGUCGGCAGCGACGACCUUUCGUGUGGCCCCCGCCACCCCCCCCCCCCCCCCCCACAGGAGUAAAAAGAUGCACGUUCCGCCGCCAUUUCCGGGAGUACUCUGAAGCCACAAGGUCAAGUGAGAAAUGCCCCUCCACUUGCGGGUGGGCUCAUCCCUUGCCAGGGUUGUGAAGUGCGCACCUGUCCGCGCGAAAGCCGUAGCCGCGUUAGUAAUCUCCUUCAGGUCGGUGUCUGCACGAUGGGCGACAAGACUGCUUGGAUUGACGUGGUUGGUGUCCCCUGGUAUGAUGUCCUGCGUCUCGACCGAUCGGUUGCCACAAAGAUACGUUUGAAAAACUUGGGACACGAGAGGAAGUGCGGUUCUGCCGAUCGCCUUGUAUUAGCACGUGCUGCACACUCUAAAAAAUGUUUUUCACAAAGCGCUCGGCUUUUUGCCUUAGCCCACGGAGCACCUGUGCCAGCACCAGUCCCAUUUUGUGUGGAUAUUCAGUGAGGCUGUGGCCUCUGGUAGCAUUUAGCUCUGGCUGCAGCCACAUGUUCAUGAGCACAAGACGGCUGUAGAGCCAUGUCGACCAGCAAACAAUUUGCCUACAGCAGGAGAGGGAGGAGCAAGCAUGUCUGGGGUUUAGUUAAAGACCCGUUCCCAUCACCAAGUUCCUCUACGCCGGGUGCCUGCGAAUGGAGGUAAAAAGUUGGUCUCUUAAAUAGUACCCCAUAUCUGAAGACUGCCGUAAAUACAUUGUUACCUUCCCCUGGUUAAUGAGCAUAACUUGAGGUGAUGUGACAAGUAGGUCACUCGGGUUGCCCAGUUGAGACCCUGGACGGAACUGCUGAAUGGUGCUGACAAAAGUCCAUUCUUGUUCUGUUAUGUCCAUGCCCGCUUAAGUCGCAAGCAUUUUUGAAAGAGACAUUGUGAAAAUGAUCCCUAAGCGCUCUCUAAAUAUUCCAAAGAGGGUUAUUCUUAGGUGAGCAUUUGGGCCAUGCAUUCCAUAGAUUCACUUCCAAAAUCACUUAGGCAGAUCUGGGACUUUAAUGAGUUACAAGACGGUUCCCACAAUUCCAAAGGAGUCUUCCCUGGCCCACAUUUGAUGCCUUCAUGAACAAUGCUUGAAAACUGGUGAAGGAGGACCCCCCCUCUCCACCCCUCCGUGUGUGUGUGUCUCCACACACAUUUUGUGGACUGAUUCUUUGAAGCCUGAUGGCAAUGUUAUGUGUUCCAUAGCACUUUCUGCACGUCUCUAAAGGCAUACAAACUAUGGUGACUUAAGCUCCAACCCUUGAAGCGUCCAUGAAAAUUUCACAAAGGUCAGCAAUUACAUUUAAUAUUAGUUAAUAUCAAUAUUACAAUAAUUAUUGUGAUGCUUAAUAUUUUGACUCCCGUUAUCAAGGAAGAUUUGUUUAAAGUUUGAGAGUUUUUUAAAUGUUAUUAAUUGCACGGUUAGAUAUAUUAUUUCUCAAUUGGUAUCAGUAUUAACGUUGAAAUGUAUACCGACGUAAUUUUAUAUACAGCGUUGACGCAAGUCAAAUAGUAUUUUCUUUGCAGAAUAUAGUUCCGAUGUGGCUGGCAGCACACGGAGUGGAGGAUUGAUGAGGGCUGACUGUGUUCACACACAGGAGUUGAAUCUCGUCAACUGUGGCCCGUGACAGACAAAUCAGUGCACACGUGUACAGCGUGCCAUGUAUUCCCUCGGGAGAGAAGCAUCGCUAAAAACCCUGGGGUUAUGUUUUUGUGAGGGUCCUGUUUUGGGAUAUUUGGCCAAUCCCAAAAAUGAGUAGCUUGUUUGACGGGAAAAGUAAUACCUUGAGAAAACCCGUGUUUAUGAAGAGUAGCACUCAACACUGCCACGUUCUGGCUGCUCCAUUUGAGUGCCCAACACUAUCCUUUGCAAUAGGUAUAUGCAGACGUUUACACUUAAUAUACUCAUGUAUUAUUAUUAUUAUUUAUACAUUGCUAUUUAUAUAUUCGUGUACAAAUCCUUAUUUCUCUGUUUGCCAAAUUGUGCAAAAUAAGUACCUAUGUGGUUUUUCCCCCUUCCACAUGUUGUAACAAUAAACAUAUAAAUAAAAGGUAAAUGUGGAAAUUUAAACGCAUCUCCGAAUCUAAACAUCACUACCAUUUUUACCGUGACAUGCAUGCUGUGCCGGUGCAUUGCCCCCCCCCCCCCCUUCGAUAUUUAGUCCUUGCAGUAAAUAUUUCAAAUUUGUUCUGUUGCACAUGACCACAAACUCAUUGGCCAAUAUGGAACCGAUUACAUUUACCAAUUUAAGUCGAGAUUAACACCAAUUUUAGCUGUGUAGCUUGUGCGGAUCUAAAAACAAUUCUGGUCAACUAAUGCACCUCCAAAAAAAUUACUUUAUCCUGGGGUACCUUAAAACGUAGGUUUUUUUUUGUAGACAAAUCAACGAUCCGUAUUUGUUUAUUAGUUUGGCGACGUAGUUUUAUGCCAACAUUCAAAUUAAUCCAUCCGCUACCCGACAUAAUUGUCAAUAUUUGCAAAGGAUGCUAUUUCAAUGCACCGAUGCAUUGAUCAAAUUCUGACCAAAAAAAAUCCCUCACUGGUGGCCGACUAAUUUUCACGGUGCCAGUUUAAUAUCCUGAAAUAUUGUCGGCAAGUGCAUUGCAACUGCCCAAUGUUUAGACGAUUCGGGGCUUAGUGGUGCUGAGCAGAGUGAAUGUUAAGAGGCAGCUUCCUACUCCACUUUGUCCUAUUCCGAUUGCGCUGCUCACCCCGAUCGUGUUUGGUUCGUGGAACCUCGUCCCUGGGAUUUCCAGAAUUUAAUUUUUACAAAUCCCGAGAUGCGUGCUGCAGUGUGCAAAGCUUUCAAUAAGUAUUUGAAUGGAGUAGAUUGUUGAACGUGGAAAGGUGGACCAUGGUGGUGUGCAAGCGACUGGAUUUCGAGAAGGCCCCACGAACAUAUGUAAUUCACGCACUGCGGAGAAUCUACUACGACUACGUAUGUGGGUGAUAAGAGCAGCUCGUGCAGAUGGAUUGUGGCUUGGCAAACUUGUGGGAUGACAACGGUGUGCGGCGAGGCUUGCAUCCAGCAGUGGAUAGACCUAUGACUAGUAAUGAUCACUGGUCGUAAUAACUAUUUCGAUGUUUCUCUUUUGUUGCCAUAAAUAUACUGUAGCUAUACAAAACUAUAGGCCAGUCUGCAUCAACGUUACCUUGAGCGUAAACAUGUGCAGCAAAUGCAUGCAGCUUGACAGCGACUGGAAAUCCUCCCUGGUUUUGGCCUGCCCUUAGGAAAUCAGUGAGAAAGAGCUUGAUAGCUCAUCGGGUUCUAAUUGGCUGAGCUACGAUGCCCAUACACUGCGAGCUGUAAUAACAGUGGGGAUGGUUUAGUUGAGCUGGUGGUGUAACGUAAAGUGUAACGAUGUCGAUAGGUCUUCAGGUAAAUGUUUAUCGCCACUACAUUGUGUGCAUCCCACGUAGCUUUUUGCUCAUGGCAUUUUGUUUGAGCUGAAGAGCUUCUGUUUUCUAUUGUAUGGCCUGCACAUGGAUUAAAUCGUAAGCUUUGACGUAAAAAAACACAUUUGUAAAUGCUCAACAAAUGUUAUGCGUUUUAAAUUGACGGAAAGUGAAUGAAUGAAAGGUUUUUAUUGUAUCAAGACAAACACAGAUCCGACUCGAAUCUUGUAAAAUCGCCUCACAUUGGGUCAGGGUUUUUUGUGCACAAUACGCUCGUGGAGUAACAUUAACACACGUUUUACUUCACACCAACACUACUCACGACAUCAUUGGACCUCCUUUGCCAGUACCAAAAUAUAAUAAUAGAGUUUUUCCCUUUUUUUCUGGGGAAAACCCCUAUUAUUAUUAUUAGAGCUUGCACUGUUAACAGUAUGCGCUGGCGUUGACGUGAAACAUGCCUUGAAUAUGACAGGUGAUGAAACGGGGCUUCUCAAAUGGCAGUCCUGGAGUGGCCUCGGUGCUCGGUGGAUGCCUCAGGACCGUGAAGAACACCGAGCUGGCACUGGCGACAUUGUUAUUUCAUCCGCCGAGGCGGACCAGGUUCUCUAAAGGCGAUGGCUUUUCCCUGGUCACCAAUUACUGCGCUACACCGCAGUAACAAAGGAUGUCUAGAAUAUUUUGACUUUCAAGGCACCACAAUGUAAAAUGUCUGUUCAAGUACAAGUCAAAAUAUUACAUGGGCCCUUUCUGCUCUGUAUAAAAGUUAAUCGGCCAGACGGUUAGCUUGCGUGGAUUUAGGCAGUGUUAACAUCGGUCAUGAGGUGUUUUCAGUCUGUGCUUGUACAACACGUCUCGUGCAGUAAUUUGCUAAAAUAAAGGUUCUGUGUCGAAUUUG